AUGGCCACCAGGUUAUAUGGCUCCACCAGAGCCAUUGGCUCUUUGAGGGCAGAGGUAAAGCUCGCGGCCGCCUCGUUCACAAGAGCAUACUCUUCCUCCUCCGAACCAGACCUCAAGGCCACCCUCAAAGAGAUCAUCCCGGCCAAGAGGGAACUCCUCAAAAAGGUCAAGGCCCGCAGCUCUGCCGUCCUCAGCGAGGUCAAGGUCGAGAAUGCCCUUGGUGGCAUGCGUGGCCUCAAGGCCAUGGUCUGGGAGGGCUCCGUCUUGGAUCCCAAUGAGGGCAUCCGCUUCCACGGCCGCACCAUCAAGGACUGCCAGCAGGAGCUGCCCAAGGGCAAGACGGGCACCGAGAUGCUGCCCGAGGCCAUGUUCUGGCUUCUCCUGACCGGCCAGGUCCCCUCCACGGCCCAGGUCCGCGUCCUAUCCCGCCAGCUUGCAGAGCAGGCACAGCUGCCCGCCUUUGUCGGCAAAAUGCUCGACGACUUCCCCAAGGAUCUGCACCCCAUGACGCAGUUCGCCAUCGCCGUCGCCGCCCUCAACUAUACCUCCAAGUUCGCCAAGGCCUACGAGAAGGGUCUUAACAAGGCCGACUACUGGGAGCCCACCUUUGACGACUCCAUCAGCCUGCUCGCCAAGCUGCCCACCAUCGCCGCCAAGAUCUACCAGAACUCGUACAGGGGCGGCGGUGCCCUCCCUGCCGAGGUUGACCUCGAGCAGGACUGGUCUUAUAACUUCGCUGCCAUGCUGGGCAAAGGCGGCAAGGAAAACGAGAACUUCCAGGACCUAUUGCGCCUGUACCUUGCCCUGCACGGCGACCAUGAGGGCGGCAACGUCUCGGCCCACACAACCCAUCUCGUGGGAAGUGCCCUGAGCGAUCCCUUCCUGAGCUACAGCGCCGGCUUGCAGGGUCUUGCAGGUCCUCUUCAUGGCCUUGCGGCACAAGAAGUGCUGCGCUGGAUCAUCCAGAUGAAGGAUGCCAUACCCUCCUCCUACAGCGAUCAGGAUGUUCACGAUUACCUCUGGUCCACCCUCAAUUCCGGUCGUGUCGUGCCCGGCUACGGCCACGCGGUUCUUCGAAAACCCGAUCCGCGGUUCGAGGCCCUCAUGGACUACGCCGCUACACGGCCCGAAAUCGCCCAAGACCCUGUGUUCCAGCUCGUCAAGAAGAACAGCGAGAUCGCCCCUGAGGUGCUCAAGGAGCACGGCAAGACAAAGAACCCGUACCCGAACGUCGACUCCAGCAGUGGUGUCCUCUUCCACCACUACGGCUUCACGGAGACCCUCUACUACACUGCCACCUUUGGCGUGUCGAGAGGCCUGGGUCCUCUUGCACAGCUGAUCUGGGAUCGGGCUCUGGGUCUGCCCAUUGAGCGGCCCAAGAGCAUUAACCUGCAGGGCAUUCUGGACCAGGUCGGGAGUUCCUGAGGCACCACUUGCCUGACACCAGAAGGAGGGGAAUGAUGAAAUUAAGACCUAAGACGAUGAAUGGCUUUGAAGAAAAGGUUAUUUUUAUUUGAUUGCAGGAUAGAUAGAAGCAUUGUUGUCUUGGGAGAAAUUUUAACAUU